AUGCAUUUACCGUCUCUAUUAUCAUUUUUUGAGCUCAGCAAGGAGAAUGCUGUUGCAGAGCUAACGCUUGAUCCAAAGUUAAAAUACUGGGUGUUGCUUCCCAUUUCCAUUGUGAUGAUAUUAGUUGGUGUCACACGUCAGCAUAUCAUGGCUCUCAUAGGAUUAAAAGUGAAAAGUGUCCCUCGAAAGAAGAUAACGGAGGCACAAUAUAUGGGUAAGGCUCAAUCCCUAUUGGGUAACGGUUCCAAUCUGUCUGAUGAAUCCUUCAAGACCAGGCAGGAGUACUUGGCCCAGAUACUGGCCGAGGGAAAGUACGUUGCAGAGCAAACUAAAUCAGAUGAACCCGUCAAUCCAUUAAAUGAUCCUAAUGCUUCAGAUGCAAUGAUGAACAUGGCCAAGGGUAAUCUGGCAAACUACAUUCCUCAAACAUUAAUUAUGUGGUGGGUCAAUCACUUUUUCGCAGGUUUCGUCCUAAUGAAGCUGCCAUUCCCCCUCACAAUUAGAUUCAAAGAAAUGCUGCAAAGUGGAGUAAUGACAGCUGACCUCGAUGUUCGUUGGGUAAGCAGUAUCUCCUGGUACUUUAUCUCCGUUUUAGGAUUGAACCCACUUUACAACCUCAUCCUCGGUAACAAUGACGUUGAUGCCCUCGGGAUGGCUCAACAACAACAGCAACUUGGUGGUAUGCCUGGCGGACCAGCUCCAGAAGUCAUGAUGAAGAAUUUGGCCAAUGACGUGACUAUCGCCCAACAUGAGACCUGCUUCAAGGGAAUUGAAGAGAGAGUGCUUAAACUUUACAAAAAUUAA